UCUUCUUCUCCUUCUCCUGCAGCGAGGCCUCUCGUCGUCUCUUCUCUGAGCUCUCACAGCAGAUGCUCGGCGACGGAGAGAUGGCCAUACCGCGGAUGUUCGACUCCAACACGCCGUUCGUCAUCGUGACCGGAGGAUCCCGACUCUCUUUCCUCGGCAAAGAGGAAAGCGGCCGAGGACGCGAGGAGGAGAAGGACUCGCUGGUCGAGGCCGUCGGCCCUCAUCUGAGUCGGGUGAUGCGGCGCAGCGCGGCCAAUCACGCGGUCGCAGAGGGGUGGGACGCCGACGAGGAGAACCAAUGCGUCUCCAUCGUGGCACAGGCGGAGAGAGAAGACUUCCAGGAGUUCAGUCCCACCGACACACAGAGCCUCCACCCCAGAGCUCAGCUGCUCGAGAAGCACAGGUCUCUCAGCGUGGAAACUGCCCUCCUGAGUGACACCGAGGACGAGGAGGAGGACUCCGACGUGGCGGCCAAACUCCCGCUCCACCACCUCCAGAGGAAACAACGCAGGAAAGCCGUAAGACGGAGCCAGGGGGACGGGGGGCGGCCUCCAAUCAUCCCGGGGCUCUGGGUGCAGGAUCUCGAUUGGCUGAAGUCCGCGAGCAGAGAGUCGACGACGUCGACCCCGGCUCACAUCAUCCCGCCUCCUCCUCAGUUUACCGACUGCAGCCACGGAGCAGAGGAUGCGUCGCUGUCGGAGGACUGUUACAGAGGAGGCUCGGACUCUGACUGCAGCCUGAACCGGGACUCUGAGUCCGUUUACUCUCACGAAAGCGAGUCGGACUCGUCCUGCGCCGCAGAGGACGGAGACAGAAUGUCAAACUUAGCCUUUGACCUGAUGCAGGUGUCUGGUUUUACCUCCUCCUCUCAUUCAGACUCGACAGGGUGUGUGCAAAGCCCAAAGCUCGGUGUGAAUGACACGGGCGACAUCGACACGGUUCUGCGCGGCCUGAGAGGCCGAGUGACGCGCCUGCCGAAGCUCUUCGCUUCACCUUUCUUUAGAGAUUUGAUCAAACGGUCUGCGGACGACUGGGAGAGCAGCGCGCCUGUGAACGAAGGACUCGUGUUUCAUCACCAACUUCAGCCCGGCGGUUGUCGGUACCGGGAGGGCGAGGAGUACUGCGUCCUUCACCACAUCCAGAACGGCUCGUACGGCGACGUCUUCUGUGUCCGGGACAAACGGACUGGAUUCAAAUGUGCUGCCAAGAGGAUCCCACUGAGUCACUUCAGCAGCGAGGAGGUGAGCGCGUGGAGCGCUCUCAACUCUCCUCGGGUGGUGGAGCUCUUUGGGGCCGUGAGGGAGGGCCCCAACGUCGUGCUCUUCAUGGACCUGAAGCCAGCAUGUUUGGCCCAGCUUGUGAAGGACAUGAACUCCCUUCCUGAGGAUUUGGCCCUGCACUACCUCCACCAGUCACUGGGGGCACUAGAGCACCUGCACCACAGACGUAUCCUUCACCUGGAUGUCAAAGUUGACAACGUGCUGCUGUCUGCAGACUGCAGAGACACCUUCCUCUGUGACUUUGGCCUCUCAGAGACAUCAGGUGACGAUGGAGGGAGCGACGCAUUCAGGGGAGCCGCCUUCCCCGGCACGGAGACCCACAUGGCCCCCGAGGUGGCUCGAGGGGAUCGGCCGCGUGGCGAGGCGGACGUGUGGAGCAGCUGCUGCAUGCUUCUGCACAUGCUCAACGGACGCCACCCGUGGAUACGCUACUACUCCCAUCCGCUGUGCCUCCAGAUCGUCAACGAGCCUCCUCCUCUGUGGGAGGUGCCGUCCACCUGCAACAACUUCACAGCCAAGGUGUUCAGGGCCGGACUCCAGAAGGAUCCGGACAGACGGGCGUCGGCAAAGGAGCUCCGGAGGAAGACCACGAAGGCCCUCAGAGCAGUCGGCGGUCUGAGCCCCUGGUCCGUGAAAAGUGCCCGCGAGAAGCUGCAGAAUGACAAGAGCCAGAAUGAGGAUACGCCCUUCUCCUUGUCCCCCGGGAUCAACCCAACGAAACCAUCGACCACGAUGUACUGGGUGAGCCCCUGGAGGACAACGGCGGUGGACGAGGACAGCACCGACUGGAGGGACGGAGACUCGGACCAAGACUCCGAGGCGGAGACCGACUCCCUCACCAGGGAAUGGGAGUCCCGGCCUCAACCGCUGCAGGACGAUUACUGGGACACCGGCUCCGACUCAGAGGUCGAUAUUUACAUGGCCGAGGAGGAGCAGGUUCAGGGAAAGUGGCCGAAGAGUGACAGGGACUACGAGGGGGACUGGGAGGAGGAAGGGGAGGAAGAGGAGGAGGAGGAAGAAGAGUGGGACUCGUCCGUGUCUACAGAGUAUCUCCGUGCCCUCCGAGGCAUUUUCCCUCUGCUGCAAAAAGGCCAACAGACCAACGACAGCUCAUGGGGAUCCGAGCCAGAGCAGGAAAGCCUCCGAGAAGAGGCGGCUCUCGCCACCACAGUCCAGACCCCGUCCCCUGAACCUCGAGAAGACCCCCCGUCCUGUUUCAGCUGCUCGGACUCGUCCCAGAUGGACGCCGAGAAGGAGUCCGAUCGUUCGUCCGAUGACCUGAGCUCCGGAGUCUUCUCCUCCAGCAACAGUCACACGGACGGACACUUGGAGUGGUUGGCGUCGGACAACCAGCCCUCCUCGUACUGCUUCGAAGGUGUUGACAUCUGGAUUGAGAACGUCCGGGGCGAGUGUCUGAGGAUCCGUGAACGUCGGCAGGUCAAAGUGGGACACGUCGCCAUCGGGAUCAGCGAUCAGAUCUCGGGCAAAGCCUUCACGUUGGAGACCCUGGACAGGAAGUCGGUGUCCUUCGAGCAGGAGAUCCGAGAGUCUUGUCUGUGGCUGCGCUGCGUUCCUGCUCCGGACCGCUGCCAGCGCUGGAGGUGGAGAGUCACCGACGGCAAGCUGGAGCUACGAGAAUGAGGAGGAACAACUUGGAUUUGUUUGAAUUUUUUGCACUAAUUUAGUAAUUGAUUGCUCUGAAGACACAUGUGGACGUAAUGUGCUGAUACGACUGGGAGUAUAAAUAUAUGUAUAAAUAUGCAAUGAUUCGUGGAUGAUUUAUGGUCAUGGCGGACGUUCCAGAAGAGCUUCUUCUGAAAAUUGAUUCUCCGGUCACAUAAUAUGGCCGACGUCUUCACAUUAAAAACACUGUGCAUCAUGUAAACAGAGUCCAGCAGAGUCCUUGAUCCUGGACCACGAUGGAUCCAGGUCUCUGCAACAGUCACCGACCUCCCGCUGCUCACAGACAGCCAGGAGCAUGCUGGGUAGUGGAGUAGCCUCAGGUCUUAGCUACAGUUAGCUUAGCUUCCAUCUCAGCUCUCAU